AUGAAAAAACCUACAAACAUGUUUCCAUAUUUUCUCAUAAUAUAUGUAUUCCUAUGCUUUAAAAAUACAUCAUUUGCUAUUUCUCCUGAAAAUGAAAUAAAAAAUGGAGGCAAACUAUUGCUAAAAAAUGAUAACCCUGUAGAGGAAUUAAAUACUAAAGAAAUUGUAUCGUCCCCAAGUGAAUAUAACAUAACAAAUCAAUGUAACCAAAAUAAUGAUAAAAAGGCAAGUACUUCUGAGGAAAUACAAAAAAAAAUAUUUGAUCAUAAUCAUAAAUUAAAAAAAAGCAAACCACUAGGUAUAAUAAAAAAAGCUUUUCGAAAAAUAUUUAUUAUAAAACCAUCUAUGAACAAUUUAAUAAAAAAAAAUUCAAACGAUGAAUCUGAUGAUUUAGAAGAUGAUCCAGAAGUUAUUCCAUACUCUAAGGAAAUCGAAUCAGAAAUUGAUGCACUAAAAGACAAUGAUCAUAAAGAGAAUUUAGAUAAUCAAAAGGAGAUAAUUGAUGCAUUACAUAGAAAAAAGGAUAACCCAAUUCAAAUGUAUAUGGAUGAUGAUGAUGAUGAAUAUGUCUAUGAUGACGAUGACAAAUAUGUUUAUGACGACGACGAUGACGAAUAUGUUUAUGACGACGACGAUGACGAUGAUGAAUAUGUUUAUGACGAUGACGACGAUAAAAGUAGGGUGAUAAAAAAUAAAAAAAGGAAUAAUCCUUCUUCAUUUGGUGCUGAAAGAGAUCCCAUGGUUGAACCUUCAUAUAAACCAACAAAAAUUAGAGAUAACCCCUCAUAUAUAAAAGAUAAGAACAAAAGAGAAAAUCCAGUUGUAGUAAUAAAGAAAGGUGAUGAUGAACGUUUAGUUGAGUAUGAUUAUGAUGAUGAGCCAGAUAUAUUGACUAAAAUACGCAGCCUUAAUAAAAUAGAUGUAACAUUAAGAGAUAAAUUAUAUGAUGAAGCUGAACAACUUUUAUUCGAAAGAGUAAUAGCCCAAAAAGCACCGAUAGACAAACAUGAUGUUGUAAAAAAAAUAUUAACUACAUUGGACAGAAUUCUAGUUCCUGCAACAGCAUUUCAAUCUGUUAUAACUAUAAUAGGAAUAAUAGUAUUAUUUGCAGCUACUGGUUGCUGA